AUGCAACAACUAUUACAGCUAUACUAUCCAGCUUACUUUCAGAUGCUACAUUUACUACACUUGGUUACAAUUAUCGAGUUACAUUAUAUAGCAGAAGCAUGUCUUCCAUCGCAUAUCCUUUCAUCGAAAAAGCAGUGUGAUUCCGGUAAAUGUCAAAAUGACGCAGAAAAAAGCACUACUGCAAUGGCUGCUUUUCACGAAUAUCAUUGCCCAACCAAACUGGACGCUGCUACAGAAAUUGCUGGCAGACUGUAUAUAUUCUCCGAUGGCAAAGUAUGGAUUUUCAAGGACCGAAGGCCCGAAAUGGCUGUGCGCAUUGGUAAGAUUUUCGCCGGUGGGCCGCAGUACGUUAAUGCAUCGGUAUCGACCAAACAUCACACUUAUCUGAUCGCCGAUCGAACAAUUUAUGCAUUUAAUAUUGACAAAACUACGGAAACUUUCAGGCCGACCCGAGGAUGGCCAAAAAUUUUACAGAAUCGUGUGCUGUUCUUUCCACAAGCCGCCUUUCCAAUCGAAAACGGAAGUGCUAUUCUCAUUUCAGGCGAUGUAUUUGCAACAUAUGAUUUAGCCAGCAACAGAGCAUCAUUGAUCAACGAUCUGAAAUUAUAUUACCCGAAUCUGCCCGAGGAUUUCAAGAGUGGGAUA